CCCGUUAUCCACGAGUAUAAAAACGAGCAGCAGAGAGACUGAAGCAGCUUCAGACAGUCUGGAGUCCUAAGGAAACAGACAGAGGUUUUUCUCAUCCUUGCCUGCUGGCCCUGUGAGAGUCAGAGAGGAUGUUAAUGAUGAUGAUGAUGAUGAUGAAGAAGAAGGGGUUGAAGUUCCUGGCUGUGGUGACCCUCUUCCUGGCCUCGGCCAACUGCAUCCUCCCUCCUUCAAAAGAAGAUCUGACCCACCUCUCCCUUCAGGGAGAGAAGUAUCUGGAUAAACAGAUUGAAAACGCCAUCAACGGAGUGAAGGAGAUGAAGACUGUGAUGCAGAAAUCUUCAGAGGACCACAAGAAGUUUUUGGAUUCCCUGGAGAAGACCAAGCAGCAGAAAGACGAGGCGAUGCGUACAGCUCAGGAGAUGGAGGCCAAGCUGGAGCAGGAGGAGGAGGUUUGCAACGACACCAUGAGGGCCCUGUGGGAGGAGUGUAAGCCCUGUCUGAAGAACACCUGUGUUAGAUACUACUCCAGGACAUGCAGCAGCGGAUCUGGACUGGUGGGACGCCAGCUGGAGGAGGUGCUGAACAGGACGUCUCCCUUCUCCAUCUGGAUCAACGGGGAGAAAAUGGACGUCCUGGAGCGGGAGGGACAGCGACAGAACAGAGAGUUCAGGAACCUGGAGGAGAAGUACACUGAGAUGGCUGACGGCGUGGACAGCAUAUUUUCAGACAGUAUGAAGGUGGCUGAACAGGUCCAGUUUUUCCCUCCGAUCAUCAUUGUUCCCGAUAUCUUAUUUGAACCGCUCAGACACGACCCAGAACAACACACCAUAUCCGUUCGCUCGCUGUUCCACAAUCCGUUCCACCGCUUCCAGAAUUUGUUCUCCCCCAUGAUGGGAAUGGGCAGGAACUUCUUUGGAUCUAUGGGCUCCAUGAUGGACAUCGACUCUGACACUUUUCCUAAUGAGGACGGCAGCGUGAACGAGGACGUGGUGAUCACCAAACCUUUUGGCAACGGUAGGAUGACCUGCAGAGAGAUUCGCCGCAACUCCGCCGGCUGCAUCAAGUUCCGCGACGAGUGUCAGAAGUGCAAAGACAUCCAACAUAUUGACUGCUCCGGGAGGAAACCUCUGGAGAGCCCCCUGAAGCAGGAGCUGGAGGAGGCUUUGGCAAUGGCCGAGCGUUUCACUCAGCAGUACAACACCGAGCUGGAGAGGUUCGAGGAGCAGAUGUUCAACACCUCCUCCAUCCUGGACCUGUUUAACAAGCAGUUUGGCUGGGUGUCGUCUCUGGCAAACAACACCAACAGCAAGGACGGCAUCUUCCGCUUUCAGACAGUGAUCUGCAGGGACACCGAGGAGAAGCCGGGUGAGGAGCAGCAGCCGGUACAAACAAACGUGUCCGUGCAGCUCUUCGACUCUCCUCCCAUGAACUUCACCGUGCCGGGCGACAUCCCCUGGACCAACCCCAAGUUCUCUGAGGUGGUGGCCCAGGAGGCUCUGGACCGCUACAAGGAAACCAGCGUUGUGGUCAAAUAAAUUCAGAGUUGGAUGUUCACCCCGACCUGCAUUGUCUGCUGACGAGAGAAUGUUCUGGAUUCAUUGAAACACCCCUGGAAAAAAGAAAACCUGAAGCCAACCCACUGAUCCUGUUGUAAAUCCCCCCCAAAGUCCUGCUUUUGCAAAUGAUCCAGUUAAAACUCAAGAGAUUUAUAUUGUUACAUUAGAGCUCUUUGUCCUGCUGUAGGAGAUAUUUAGUAGAUAAUUGGCCUGACUCAUGUCUGUUGUCCCUCCAACGCAGGGCCUUAUGUCAGAUGGGGUUUACUCUCUGCAGUCAGCCUUUCUAACACUUGAUUAAACUCUUAUUUUCUCUAAUGCAAUUCCAUAAAGCAAUAAAUUGAUGCUGCAACAAACGUAUAGAAAACUAAAUUAAUCCAGGCUGUUUCAGUGACUUUAAUGACCUGAUCGACCCCUCUGCAGAUCUUGGAUAGGUGAUAUCCGAGCUGGUUGAAGAAGUUGCUGGAGUUGAAGUCACUGAUUAGAGAGAGAUUGAAUUUGGUAAAACAGACGUUGAUAAUUCAGGAUCGCUUUGAGCCCCUCUGAAAAACAGCCUAGCAAUGAAGCAAUACAUAGAGAUUUAAUAAAACCUGCUCAAACCUG